AUGGGGGUUCAUGGCACUUGGGCAGACAUCAAGGGCUUUGCUCUCCAAGUUCUUACAGGUCGGUGGCUCAUGCUGUUUGCCUCAUUUCUAAUGAUGGCUAGUGCUGGUGCAAGCUACAUGUUUGGCCUCUACUCAAAUGACAUCAAAUCUGUCCUUGGUUACAACCAAUCCACCCUCAACAUGAUCAGCUUCUUCAAGGACUUGGGGGCCAACGUUGGCAUCUUCUCUGGCCUAAUCAAUGAAGUCACACCCCCAUGGGUGGUCUUAUCAAUUGGUGCAGCAUUCAACUUUUUUGGGUACUUCAUGAUAUGGCUUGCCGUGACAGAAAAAAUAGCCAAGCCCCAAGUCUGGCACAUGUGCUUGUACAUCACAAUGGGAGCAAAUUCACAUACUUUCAUCAACACAGGAGCUUUUGUCACAUGUGUAAAGAACUUCCCGAGAAGCCGUGGCCUCUUGAUCGGGCUUUUGAAUGGCUACAUUGGCCUGAGUGCAGCUGUGAUUGCACAGCUAUACCAUGCUUUCUAUGGUGAUGACACAAAGUCCUUCACUUUGUUUGUGGCAUGGCUUCCUUCAGCUGUUUCUUUGAUAUUUCUUCGUACGAUUCGGAUAAUGAAGGUUAUACCACAGAAGAGAUAUUACAAGGUGUUAUCUAAAUUCCUCUAUAUCUCACUUGGAUUGGCAGGGUACUUGUUAAUUAUAAUCAUAGUAGAGAAAAAGGUGAAUUUCACACAAAUUGAGUAUGGUGGAAGUGCAGCUAUAGUGCUUUUCUUGCUCUUUCUACCACUUGCUGUUGUUGUUGCAGAAGAGUAUAUUUCUUGGAGGACCAAGCAAUCUUUGAGCACUGCAAAUAUUGAAAUUCCAUCACCAGAUUCAACCCAUGUGGACCAAAACAAGCUUUCUAGUUGGAAACAUGUGUUUAGUCCACCAGAGAUAGGAGAAGACCACUCAAUACUCCAAGCAGUGUUCAGCAUUGAGAUGUUGACUUUGUUCUUGACCACAUUGUGUGGCCUAGGUGGCAUGUUGACAAUGAUGGACAAUUUGGGUCAGAUUGGAACUGCCCUAGGAUACUCCUUGGAAAGCAUAAGCACUUUUGUGUCACUCGCAAGCAUAUGGAUUUACCUUGGAGAAGUAAUGGUGGGUUUGCUCUCAGAAAUCUUUAUCACAAAGUACAAGUGUCCAAGGCCUCUCAUGUUCACUUUCUCCCUUUUUCUGUCCUGCAUUGGUUACCUUCUAAUUGCCUUCAAUGUCCCAAAUGGUCUCUAUGUAGCUUCAAUAAUCACAGGGUUUUGCUUUGGUGGGGUAUGGCCAUUGCUUUUUUCAAUAAUUUCUGAGAUUUUCGGGCUCAAGCAUAUCUCUACGCUCAACAAUGUUGGGGCAAUGGCUUGCCCACUUGGGUCAUAUUUGCUUAAUGUGAAGGUCACAGGGUAUCUUUAUGAUAGGGAGGCAGAGAAGCAAUUGAGAGCUUUGGGAUUGGAGAGGAAGCCUGGGGAGGAGUUGAAUUGCAGUGGAGGACAAUGCUUCAAAUUACCCUUCAUUAUAAUCACUGCAGCGACAUUGCUUGGUGUGCUUGUUUCCCUGGUUUUGGUGUUUAGGACUAGGAAGUUUUAUAACAGUGACAUUUAUAAAAAGUUCAAAGAUGAGACAAGAGCAGCAGAGUCUGAAACAGUGGUGGCCAAAAACCCCAAUGUUGGGCUACCAAAGUUGGAAGCUAAGAUUGAUUUAAAAAGCUGA